GGAAUACAGAGGACAGGGACAUCUCUCUGGUGGGUUCCCAUUACUGGAUCCAUCUGUAGGAAACACACACACUGACUGAAUCCAUUGUUUCUAUGUGUUUAUCAGAUGAUGGGGGAUCUAGGUGGAGCCUCCGUACUGCUCUCUCCUUUACAAUAAAGUCUCCUCUUACCCGUCACUUUUGUGUUCUAUUCAUCUACCUGAUGAUGGUGGGGGAUGGUGUGACCUUCCUGUGUGGAAUCCCGGGAAUACAGAGGACGGGGACAUCUCUGUGGUGGGUUCCCAUUACUGGACCCAUCUGCCAGAUGAUGGUGAGGGAUGGUGUGACCUUCCUGUGUGGAAUCCCGGGAAUACAGAGGACGGGGACAUCUCUGUGGUGAGUUCCC